AUGCCAGAGCGUCUGAUGCACACACAGUCUGAAUAUGGCAACGCUGGCGUCUGGACUCGAUCUGCAGAGUUUGAGCGUGCUGCCAGCAGAGCUCAGUUUCACAGCCGCUCUGUUUGUUUUGUGCUCGAGGUCGCUGCGAUCUACAGAGACCCCAGUGUAGGAAACCUCAUCAACAUCGUGAUCGUCAAACUCAUCGUCAUACACAACGAACAGGAAGGGCCGAAUAUAAACUUCUACGCCACUGCGACGCUUCAUAACUUCUGCAUGUGGCAGCAGAGUCACAACGUUUUGGACGACAGUCACCCGGGUCAUCACGACACGGCGCUGCUCAUCACCAGGGAGGACAUCUGCCGAGCAAAGGACAAGUGUGACACGUUAGGUCUGGCGGAGCUGGGGACGAUGUGCGACCCGUACCGAAGCUGCUCCAUCAGCGAGGAGAACGGCCUGAGUGCAUCCUUCACCAUCGCUCACGAGCUCGGACACGUCUUCAACAUGCCUCAUGACGACAGUCCGAAGUGCCGCGAGGCGGGAAUCAAGCAUCAGUACCACGUCAUGGCCCCGACCCUCAACUACGACACCAGCCCCUGGUCCUGGUCCAAAUGCAGCCGCAAAUACAUCACGGAUUUCCUGGACACUGGUUAUGGUGAAUGUCUCCUGGACGAGCCUUUGGGGAGGAUGUAUAACCUUCCCAGCCAGCUUCCAGGUCAACUCUACAAUGCCAACCGGCAGUGUGAACUCAUGUUCGGCCCCGGCUCCCAAGUCUGUCCGUUUAUGAAACAGUGCAAGCGUCUCUGGUGCACCAGUGCGGAGGGCGACCAUAAAGGAUGUCGUACGCAGCACAUGCCACUCGCUGAUGGGACCGAAUGUGGCUAUGGAAUGCACUGCAGGCACGGCAUGUGUGUGAAUAAGGAGAUGGACAUGAAGCCGGUUCAUGGUGAAUGGGGCCCCUGGGGCCCCUACAGUGUUUGUUCCAGGACCUGUGGAGGAGGAACACGCAGCACAACCAGAGACUGCAAUAAACCCGAGCCGAGGAACGGGGGCCGGUUUUGUGUGGGCCGCAGAAUGAAGUUCCGCUCGUGUAACACGGAUCCGUGUCCCCGUGGCCGGAGGGAUUUCAGGGAAGAGCAGUGCGCGCAGUUCGACGGGAAACACUUCAACAUCAACGGACUGCCGCCCUCCGUCCGCUGGGUGCCCAAGUACAGCGGCAUUCUGAUGAAGGAUCGCUGUAAACUCUUCUGUCGUGUCGCGGGGACGAUGGCGUACUAUCAGCUGAGGGAUCGGGUCGUCGACGGGACCCCGUGUGGACCGGACACGUAUGAUAUCUGUGUACAAGGCCUCUGCAGGCAAGCAGGUUGUGACCAUGUUUUGAACUCGAAGGCCAGAAAUGAUAAGUGUGGCGUCUGUGGAGGAGACAACUCUUCAUGUAAGACCCUCGCUGGAACCUUCAACAACUCACAAUACGGUUAUAACGUUGUGGUUCGAAUUCCUGCUGGUGCAACCAACAUCGAUAUAAAACAGGUCAGCUACUCAGGAUUGCCAGAAGAUGAUAACUACCUCGCUCUGUCUGACAAUCAGUCCAACUUCCUCCUGAACGGGAACUUCGUGGUGUCCAUGUUUAAAAGGGAAAUCACCUUUAAGGGAGCAGAGAUCGAGUACAGCGGAUCUAACACCACGGUUGAGCGGAUCAACUGCACGCAGCGGAUCGAGGAGGAGCUCGUGCUGCAGGUUCUGUGCGUGGGAAACCUGUAUAAUCCUGACGUCAGAUAUUCCUUCAGUAUUCCCAUCGAGGAGCAGAGAGAGCAGUUCGUGUGGGAUCUGUCAGGCCCCUGGCAGGAGUGCAGCCGCAUGUGUCAAGGUGAGCGGCGGCGGAAGGCCGUGUGUGUUCGUAAGAGUGAUCAUUUGGUGGUUUCGGAGCAGAGGUGUGAGAAUCUACCUCGACCCAGAGGCACGACGGAGCCCUGCAAUACUGACUGUGAACUCAGGUGGCACGUGGCGGGCCGGAGCGACUGCUCCAGUAAGUGUGGUCCGGGUUACCGUACGCUGGAUGUUCUGUGCAUGCGCUACAUCCAGAACAAGAGGCUAAGCGAGCGCAUGGAGGCCAGGGCCUGCGCAGAGCUGCCCAAACCGCAGACGCGCGAGGGAUGUCAUGGAGACUGUCUGCUCAAGAGCUGGCAGUACAGCGCCUGGUCUCAGUGCUCGAAGAGCUGCGGACACGGCGUCCGGACGCGGCAGGCGUACUGUAUGAACAAUCUGGGUCGCAGGCUGGUGGAGCGAGAGUGUAGCGAGCAGCAGAGAGUCCUGAGCGAACCCUGCAAUGACGUGCCCUGUCCUGACUGGAGCGCCAGCGAAUGGAGCGAGUGUCUGGUGACAUGCGGGAAGGGCGUCAGACACCGACAGGUGCUUUGCAUUCUGGGAGACGAGAAGCUGAAUGAGCAGCGCUGUGACCCAAACACCAAACCCUCGGCAGUGGGCAGCUGUGAGCUUCCCGAAUGUGCAUCCUGGCAGGUCGGAGCCUGGAGUCCGUGCACGGUGAGCUGCGGUCAGGGCUAUCAGAUGCGUGCGGUCAGGUGUGUGUCAGGAGCUUACGGCGAGACAGUGGACGACAGGGAUUGUAACGCAGCCGCCAGACCUCGAGACAGUCAGUGCUCGGUGUCGUGUGGUGUGGGUCGCUCCACGCGGCGGGUCGUGUGCAUGAGCUACCAUCAUCAGCUGGACGAGUCGUUCUGUGACCCAGACGAGCGUCCCAGCACUGAGCAGGAGUGUGCGGCCGCCCCCUGCCAAUCCUCCUACCACUGGCCCAACAACCAGCCCCACUUCCCCUACGACCCCAGCAGCCACAGCUGGAACGUCCCGUCUGCAGACAACCAGUGGAGGACGGGGCCCUGGGGAGCCUGCUCCAGCUCGUGUGACGGUGGCUUCCAGCGGCGGGUCGUGGUUUGUCAGGACGCAGACGGACGCAGCACCAAUCACUGCGACGAGAGAGUCAAACCCGACCAAUCCAAGAGCUGCGACUCCGGACCCUGUCCACACUGGAACUACGGCGUCUGGGGACAGUGCUCACGCUCGUGUGGCGGCGGUCAGCGCACGCGUCUGGUGGUCUGUCAGCGCCCGAGCGGUCAGAGGUUAAACGAGCCCAGCUGCGAUGCUCUGGACAAACCGGCCGAUGUGGAGCGGUGUAACGGCCAGCCCUGCGCCGCCGCCGCGGCUUCAUGGCACAGACGAGCGUGGAAGCCGUGCUCGGUGUCCUGCGGGAAGGGAAUCAAAGAGCGGCAGAUCGUCUGCGUCGAUCAGAACCAAACCCAGAUCCAGGAGCACAGCUGCGCUCAUCUCAUCCCACCCAGAACACAGAAGGCCUGUCGGGCCGGACCCUGCCCCUCCUGGAGAGCCAGUCGGUGGAGAGCGUGUUCGGCGAGCUGCGGCGCUGGCCUUCAGUCGCGUGAGGUCUUCUGCAGGUCAAAGGGCAAAGGUCGCGUCUCUGAUGAGCUGUGUGACGCGCUCCUGCGUCCCGAUCGCCUCCGCUCCUGCUUCCACACCGACUGCCAGACGCACAGCUGGACAACACACGACUGGAAGGACUGUAGCGCGAGCUGUGGCCGCGGCCUGAGGUCCAGAUCUGUGUUUUGUGUGGACGGAGGGAUGAAGGCGGCUCCGGAGAGCGUGUGUGAUGCUUCUCUCAAACCCCACACACACGAGCCGUGUCACAGCGCCACCUGCCUGUACGUCUGGAUCAGCACCGCAUGGACUCAGUGCUCGGUGAGCUGUGGCUCUGGACUCCAGCGGAGGUCUAAAUUUUUUAGACUUUUGAAGGCACAUUAG